ACUUUGGCUUGGCCUAUUGAAAACAAAAAUAAUGAAAUGUUCUCAACAGUCAAAGACAGAGAGUUUGUUGAUUGGACACAUGGCGGUUUGGCCACUUCUCACUGCUGCUACUACUAAUCUUCGAUCCAAGUUCUUGUCCUUCUGCGGAUUCAAUCCAUUUUGGUUCUUGUUCGAGUGAAUCGAAUUCGAAUCACUGUUUGCGUUGCGCAGUUAACCCUUUUUUCUCUUCCGCUCUGCAAAUUCAAUGGCAUUUCCCAGAGCCCAGAAGGCAAAACCCAAGCCCAGAUCCCCACUCUUCUUCUUCUUCGUCGCCCUCGCCGCCAUUGCCUUUCUGUUCCUCUUUUCCUCUCUGAUUUCUACCAAUGGGGCUUCUUCUUCUACUUUUUCAUCCUCGAAUUCUAUUCAGAAAAUCUUCAGAUUCAAUAAUGUGAACGAGAAGCCGAAGCGUAACCGGCACGUUUUCAGUGCGAACGACAAGUUCUUGUACUGGGGCAACAGAAUCGACUGUCCCGGAAAGCAUUGCGAGUCUUGCGAGGGUUUGGGUCACCAGGAGUCCAGCUUGAGGUGUGCCCUUGAGGAGGCCAUGUUCCUCCGGAGAAUAUUCGUAAUGCCCUCUAGAAUGUGUAUCAAUCCUAUACACAAUAAGAAAGGGAUUCUUCAUCAGUCCAACAAUGCAAGCUCAGAGGAAAGUUGGGAAGCAAAAUCUUGUGCCAUGGACUCUUUGUAUGAUAUAGACCUUAUUUCUGAUACUGUACCAGUGAUUUUAGACAACUCAAAACUAUGGUAUCAGGUGCUGUCAACUGGUAUGAAAUUGGGAGCUAGAGCCGUUGCCCAUGUUGAGCGAGUUAGUCGUGCUGAACUCAAAGACAACAACCGUUACUCAAAUCUUUUGCUAAUAAAUCGGACUGCCAGCCCUCUUUCAUGGUUUAUGGAAUGCAAGGAUAGAAACAAUCGCAGUGCCAUAUUGCUGCCAUAUAAAUUCCUUCCUUCAAUGGCAGCAGAAAACUUGAGGGAUGCAGCUGAGAAGAUCAAGGGGCUACUCGGUGAUUACGAUGCCAUCCAUGUUCGUCGCGGAGAUAAAAUAAAGACCAGGAAGGACAGGUUUGGUGUUGAUAGAAGCUUACAUCCUCAUCUCGAUAGGGAUACACGGCCCGAGUUUAUGCUAAAGAGACUUGCAAAAUGGGUAGCUCCAGGCAGAACACUUUUUAUUGCAUCGAACGAGAGAACUCCUGGGUUCUUUUCGCCCCUGUCUGCUCGGUACAAGUUGGCGUACUCCUCAAACUACAGCCAUAUUCUUGAUCCCAUGGUAAAGAACAAUUAUCAGUUGUUCAUGAUCGAAAGGCUCAUCAUGGCAGGUGCAAAGACGUUCAUUAGAACGUUCAAAGAAGAUGAUACAGAUCUCAGCCUCACCGAUGACCCGAAGAAGAAUACAAAGAUAUGGCAAAAACCCGUCUACACAGAUGAUGAAGAAAAAAGCUGAGGUCUGGCCCGAGUUAUUUCUCUUAAGAAAAUUUCAUGGAGAGAUCUUUUUGUCCAUGUUAAUGCCAACCAACAAAAGGCUCUCUGAUUGCUCAUUGAAAAGCUUUCAUGGUGAAGGAGAGGUGGAUGUUUGGCCAAUGUUGUAAAUGUGUGGUAUAAAUUAUGAUCCAGCCUUCUGAAUUUUGCAAAUUGGCAUUCCUGUUAUUGUCCACAUUUAUUUUUUCUUUUUUCCUCC